AUGAGCUUCGAAGAAGUUGCCCAGAAGGUCCGCAAUCUCGCCAAAACCCCAUCCGAGAAGGAUGCGCUUGAAUUGUACGGCCUGUACAAACAAGCUACAGUUGGCGACUGCAAUACAGCUCAGCCCGGCGCAAUACACGUUGAGGCGAAAAAGAAGUGGGACGCCUGGAAUGGUCGUAAGGGUAUGAGCAAAGACGACGCCAAGACAGAAUACGUCAAAGUUGGCAAUGAAGCCGUCACAAAAUAUGGCGUGAAAUAA